UCUGUUAACGCUUCACUAAUCCUGAUUUAAUUACUAUCAAUCAUUUACUCUAGAUCAGCCCCCACUAAUAAACCUCUUAAUCACCCACUAACCCGAAAAAAUCAGUAUAAAUUCGAACCAUCACUAGCCAUUCUGAUCACACAACCACGAAACUUACAAAAGAAAAAAACAAAGCCACAGUAAAAUAAAAAAAGAAUGGCUUCAAACACCACUUUCCUCUUCGCCACCGUGGCAAUUCUUGGCAUCCUCCAAAACACCACCGUCUCAUGCAGAGAUCUUUCAUCGGAGUCAAGCAACAUAGCGGCGAGGCUCCAGCAAAGCGGAGGACUAAUGGAUUGUUGGAACGCAUUGUACGAGCUUAAAUCAUGCACUGACGAGAUCGUUCUCUUCUUCCUAAACGGUGAAACCAAACUCGGUGUUAGUUGUUGCAAAGCCGUCGACGUCAUCACGACCAACUGCUGGCCUGCGAUGCUCACUUCUCUCGGAUUUACGUCUGAAGAAGCUAACGUCCUCCGUGGCUUUUGCCAGGAUCCAAACUCUAGUGACUCUUCUCCUGCUGCUUCUCCCAAUAAAGCUUGA